CGGCUGUCGCUGAAGCUCGACGCGCGCGGCUACUCCACGUCGAGGCUACUACCGCAGAAGCAACCGUCGCGCUCUCAACUCAUUCUAACCUCAGCGCGUCACGUCACGUUGUGUGUGUGUUGUGAAGCUCGCUGUCUCUUCUUGUACAAAGAUUGUACUUUUCUGUCUUCAGAGACACUCGCCAAAAUGUCCAAGGCCGCCAAAGAUUUCGAGCAAAAGUGCAAGGUGUUUUUCAACGAGUGUAAUGGCGGUGAACCCGUCAGUAUUUGCGACCUAGCCAAAUGCAUUCGGAAAGCAAGUCCAGGCUUCAAAGGCACAGAUCAGGACAUCGCCCAAAUGUUUCUGGAAAUUGAUACUGACCAGGACAAGCUGAUCUCAUGGGAUGAAUUUACGGAUGCCCUGUUCAAAAGGAACCCAAAGGAAGUAACUCGCAGCGAGCUAGAGACAACCUUCAAGGGACUUGACAAAGACGGUAGUGGCAAGCUUGACCGGGGAGAGGUCAGACAGCUGGCACAGAGUGUGGGCAUGGACAUUUCUGAAGAAGGUCUGGACAAGCUUUUGAGCAAAGCUGACCCUAAUGGUGAUGGUGUGAGCUAUCAAGAGUUCCUUGAUGCCUGGGCCAGUAACUAAACAAAGCUCAAUUUCAGUUUUAUCUUGGAGUAGAAGCAUUGUAUAUGAACACUAAAACGGUUUCAUUAUUUCUAAGCCUGCAUAAUGUGAAGACACAGAUGUUGACAAUUUCAGUAUUCUGUACUUGUAUUUUGCCGUUUUCCUCUUGAAAAAAGUGCAGAAUUAUCAUACAUGUAUAUAUGUAUACACUAGAUCUACUCAAUCUACUUUUAUUUUUAUUUUUGUAUUGUUAAUUUUUCUAUAUAUGGUGAUUUGUUCAGAACAUUUUCUUCUUGGCAUCUAUAGCUUGUGGAAUUUGAAACUUUUCAAAGAUGUAUUUUACGUGAUGUAAUCUUUCCUAUUCUCAAAAAGAAUCUCAUAAAAGUUUGAAAGUCUCCCUUAACACUUCCCACUUAUUUCAUGUAUUAUGAGGAACCAUCUAAUUCAUUACUAUAUUUUGCUUUUAUAGACAGGUAGAUGUCGAAGUUAAACAUUUGCAGUUGGAAGGACAACUUUUCCUUCUGUAAUCUGAAAAAUUAAUAAUAUUAAAACAAAGGAUAACCAAUAGCUAUGUGUUCAACGCAUGUUAAUUGUGUUGUCCAUAGAUCUGCUAAUGUUGUGGUCUUUGUGCUCCAAAUAUGUCCUGUAGAUUAUUAAAGUUUUCUGUGUAACUAAGAACAUGAAGAAAAGAGGGGAAUUAAACUAUAAGGUCUUUCGUUGACAUAUUUGUUCACAGCACAGGGGCUCCUAUCCAAAGACUUUUUCAUUUUGAAAAUGACCAUGUUGGAUUUUACUUCAUUUCUACAAAUUUUCUAUUGAGAAUUCCUCAUACGCUUGUUAAGUAACAAGGCAAUGUUUUGUUUACUUUUGGCUUAGCAUAAUGGCACUUUAGAGCUUUGGUCUGAAAAACAAAAACUGAAAAAGACCAACAGAAGGAUUACUCCUCUGGUACACCGAAUAUGGUUUAACAUCUGUAUAAUCAGAAGAGAAACUUUCCCUCUUUAGUUUACACACAUAACCCUGGGUGGCUGUAUUAAAUUUAUUUACUCUUUCUUAGUUUUUCCCACCCAAAAACUUUAAUUAGUGGAUUAGUUCUUGUUUAUCAGUCUGUUUGAUUUAACAAAUUUAUAUAAACAAAAGCAUCAGUUUAUCUACUUGAACAUCUAAAAACGCAAGCUGCUUCUAGGAACAGGAUCUUUGUACAUGUUAAGGUAAAACGUCAGAAUUUUCAGCUUCACUGAAAGGUAAAUGCAUGUCUUGUUGUUUCCUUCCCUUUGAAUUUUUCCCCCACAAGCACAAACUGUGCUUUGAUAUUUUGGUCUCCUAGAGUAAAGUUAUGUCUCACGGCAAAAACACAAUGCGUAUGAUUGGUAUGGCAGUGGAAAACCUCGAAGAAGCAACAAAAUCUUCAAUCUGAUGCAUUUUAUAAACUCUGUUUCUUUUCAUCACUUAGCACAACAGGGAAAAGGGUUAGUCUUUAAAUCAGAGAAAACCACUAAAAAAAUAUAUUAUUGUCAACAUUUGUUUCUCAUACCAUUAUUACUGAGGUAUUUGUUUCACAUGUUCCGUGUUGUGAAUUCAAAUUUUCUGUUUUUCAAUUUUUUGUGAAGAGUUACGUUUUGACCUUUGGUGUUGCUUUUUGGGUCUCUUACAUCAUCUUUACAAAAACUUGUACCAGUAUAUAAUAAAGUAUUAGUUUUGAA